AUGUGCGCCGUAGUAGAUGAUUUCGGACAGGUGAGUUCUGAAGCACGGCCAAGCACCAUAUUUUGCAUACCGUUUCCGAUUCUUCAUCUCCGUACCACCGCCCUUCUUUGCCACAGGUGCUCGUUUGGGGUUUCGGCUGUCUAGGUCUCGGCCCCAAUACUUACCACUGUGACCGUCCGCGUUUGAUUCCGCCAGCUCUGUUUGCUCCCACCCUGCCUCGGUCGGAGCAUCGAAUCGUUGAAGUUGUUCCUGGACUUCACCACUUCAUCGCGCGAUCCAAUGCUGGCUUACUCUGGUCAUGGGGUGCCCCCCGCGGAGCUGUGGGAUGCUUGGGAUUGGGAAAACUUCACAAACAGGGCCAGCCUGUCUCCGCCAAGCGCUCCGACGUUGAAGUCGCUAAGGCGGCCCAGACCUAUCCGGCGCAAAUCUCUCUGCCCGCAGAGGCGUUACAAGUUUCCUGUGGUGUUGAUCAUACCCUUGUGCUGGGCAAAAGAUUCGGCUAA